UUAUAAAAGGAUCUAACUUGUGCUGUCAUCCUCUCUCCCGGUGGGAAGCCACUGUAGACGAAGACCAUGGGGGCAUAUCUGUCGCAGCCGAACACGACCAAGACCWCCUCCGACGGCGGCAACACCAGCAUGAGCUACGGCUUCUCUGCCAUGCAGGGCUGGCGGGUCUCCAUGGAGGACGCUCACAACUGCAUCCCAGACUUCGACGAAGAGACGGCCAUGUUUUCUGUGUAUGACGGCCACGGAGGUGAAGAGGUGGCUCUGUACUGUUCAAAGUAUCUUCCUGACAUCAUCAAGGAGCAGCGGACGUACAAAGACGGGAAGCUGCAGAAGGCACUGGAGGACGCGUUUCUAGCCAUCGACGGCAGAAUAACCACAGAGGAGGUCAUCAAGGAGUUGGUGCAGAUUUCCGGUCGCCCCGCCGAGGAGCCGCCGUCUGAGAAGGUGGCAGAGGAGGACGACUUGGACARCGAGGAGGCAGCGUUGCUCCAUGAGGAGGCCACCAUGACCAUAGAGGAGCUGCUGGUUCGCUACGGCCAGAACCUCAACGCCGUCAAACAUGCAGCGGCAGCCGCCAGCAGCGCAGCUAAGAAGGCCUCCGCCCAGAACGCCGAGGUCUCGAAGGAGAAAGGAGAAGAUCCUGAGAAGAAAGGAGUGAAUGGAGAGGUGAACGAGGAGGAGGGAGAUGGGAAAGUGAAGGAAGGAGCAGCAUGUGGGUCCAAACUGAGAGCCUGUCGGAGAACAGGAGGCAGUGAGGGAAGCAGUUCAGCUGAGAGCGGAGAGUCGGGAAGUUCCAACGGAGAGGAGAAAGCUGGGAAAGCAGAAGGAGACGCCGGGCCUUCCUGCUCCUCUGCGUCCUCAAAAGCCACUGGAGACUCAAAAUCCAGAUUCUUUGACGACAGCGAAGAGUCUGAGGAGGGAGAGGAGGAGGAGGAGGAGGAGGGGAGUGACGAAGAGGAUGGGAGCGACGAGGAAGAAGCAGACAGCAGUGAGCUGGAGGAAGAGGACACAGAGGAAGGAGAGGAAGACUCUGAGGAUGAAGAGGAGGAGAUGUGUCUACCAGGAAUGGAUGGAAAAGAAGAGCCCGGCUCGGACAGUGGCACCACGGCCGUUGUGGCUCUGAUCCGAGGGAAGCAGCUGAUCGUGGCCAACGCCGGGGACUCCCGCUGCGUUGUGUCUGAACGAGGCAAAGCUGUGGACAUGUCCUACGACCACAAGCCAGAGGACGAGGUGGAGCUGACGCGCAUCAAGAACGCUGGAGGGAAGGUGACCAUGGACGGCCGGGUCAACGGAGGACUGAACCUCUCCAGAGCCAUCGGCGACCACUUCUACAAGAGGAACAAGUCGCUGCCGCCAGAGGACCAGAUGAUCUCUGCCAUGCCGGACGUCAAAGUUCUGACGCUGAACGAGGAUCACGACUUCAUGGUCAUCGCCUGCGACGGCAUCUGGAACGUGUUGAGCAGUCAGGAGGUGGUGGACUUCAUCAGCGAGAGGAUCAAACCCGACCAGGACGGGAAAACCAGAGCCCUGUCCGCCAUCGUGGAAGAGCUGCUGGACCACUGCUUGGCGCCGGACACGUCUGGAGACGGAACGGGAUGCGACAACAUGACCUGCAUGAUCGUGACGUUCAGGGCGCACCCGGCGCAGACGGACGACACCAAGAAGAGGAAGCUGCCGGAGGGCGGCGAGGAGGCCGAGCCGGACGAGAACGGGAACGACAGCAAAAAGGCGAAAAGCGACUAGAGGAGGAGAGGAACUCCCCAGAGGGAGCCGCUGGUCUCACGCUACCACAGACGCAUUCUGUACAAAAUGAAAUCCUUACCUCACC